AUGUCAUCUUUUCAUGCUCCUCCUAUACUCAACAAGACUGCUUUUUCUAGGAUGCAAGAAAAUAACAACAACAACAGCGUGACGCGUCAAGCAUGUUCAGCAUGCAAACACCAAAGAAAAAAAUGCAGUGACGGCUGCAUAUUAGCACCCUAUUUUCCAUCAAACAAAAGCAAAGAAUUUCAAGCAGUUCACAAAGUUUUUGGAGUAAGCAACGUAACAAAAAUGGUAACGGGUUGUGAAGAAGCAGAUAGAAAAAAAGUUGUGGAAUCAUUGAUUUGGGAAGCAUUUUGUAGACAAAAAGAUCCUACAAAUGGUUCUCUUGGAGUAUAUAAAAGAGUUUACAACGAGUAUAGAAAAGUGUUUGAAGAACUUAGAAUGUUGAAAGAUCAAAAUCAAUUAUUGCAAAUGCAAAGUAAUCAAGGUUUAAUACCAACUAAACCAAUAAGUGAUUCUAAUGGAAUGGAUUUUCAUCCUCUUCUUCAUCAUCAGAAUAAUGGUGGUGGUAUUAUGGAUUAUAAUACUUUUUGUUCAAGUUAUUUACAAGAUUAUGAGGGUUUGAGGAGUGAAGUUCCUACUAUUCCAAUUCAGCAACACUCAUCACAGAAUUUGAGACAGGUGAUGAAUUCAAUCAGUGAACAAUGGCAGCAGGUGGGAGCAGGCACUAGGUCUGGCAAUCAUCAUUCACUGUGA